AUGGCCUCGUUUCCGGUCCAGAAGAUUCAAGGAAGCGCAACAAUCGUCUCUGAGUCACGGGCAAGGAUAAUCAAUGAUGAAGAGAUAAUGGCACAUUUUGGCAAGCGCCAGCAGUUCAAGAGAAACUUCGGCUUAAUAUCAAUAUUAGGGAUGGCGUGCACCUUGAUGCUCACCUGGCAAGGCUCGGUUGCUAAUCUUCUUCCGCCACUGCUCAAUGGCGGCCCUACUGGAGCCAUCAUUGCUUUCCCACUAGUGAUCUUUGGCGUCCUCUGUCAGGUGCUGGUCAUGGCUGAAAUGGCAUCAAUGGUUCCCCUUGCGGGAGGAGAGUACAACUGGGUUGCAGUUCUCGCGCCGCAAAAUCUCUCCAAUUUCCUCUCGUACACCGUUGGUUGGGUUACAGUAAUCGCAUGGCAAGCCGCCUGUGCAUCAGUCACAUGGAUCAACACAUUACUCAUCCUUGUCGUGGCUGGCAUCAACUAUCCACAGUACAACAUGCAAAUGUGGAAUGCGGUGCUCACAUUCUGGGCGUUAGUUGUCCUCUCUGUUUUUGUCAACACCUAUCUCGGUCGGGCUUUUCCCAGUAUCGAAGCCAUGGUCCUGAUUCUGCACAUUGUUGGCUUCUUUGCUAUCCUCAUCGUUCUUCUUUACUUGGCGCCCAAGAACCCGAGCGAAGCUGUGUUCAACUCAUUCUUCAAUGGGGGCGGAUUCUCCAGCACUGCUCAGUCUGUAAUCAUCGGAUCCGUCACUAUCAUGUACAGUUUCAAUGGAGUUGAUGGUGCAACUCAUAUGGCCGAGGAGAUUGAGAACUCAGCGGUUGUUAUUCCUCGCGCAAUGGUUUUGUCCGUUUUUAUCAACGGCCUCACUGGUUAUGCAAUGCUUAUUGCUGUAUGCUUUUGCAUGGGUCCUCUCGAAGAACUUCUCAGCGGCACCUUUCCUUUCCCCUUUCUGCUCAUUCUGAUGAAGAUCACGGGCUCCACUGCAGCCACCACCGCAUUGGUAUGUGCAUCUAUCAUCAUUAUCACGGGUAUAUCAGGAUCGAUUGGUCUUAUGGCUACAGCUUCGCGCAUGCUCUGGGCAUUCGCUCGAGAGGACGGUGUACCGUUCUCACGCUAUGUUUCUCGCGUGGAACGUCGAACCGCGCUUCCACUAUACUCCAUCGGCAUCACAGCAACUAUUUCGAUUCUUCUCUCACUUAUUACCCUGGGAAGCACGACCACAUUCUCUGCCCUUACCGGACUGACCGUGGCCGGUUUCUACUCCGCCUUCAUGGUAUCCGCCUGUGUCAUGCUUUGGCGCAGAUUGGUGACUCCGGCUGAGAAGAUUGCAUGGGGCCCCUUCCGACUAGGGAAGUUGGGCGUCCCUGUUACAGUCUUGUCGCUCAUUUACAGCUUCAUUGGAUGGUUCUUUAGUUUCUGGCCGCCCACCACGACCGUUACUGUUCAGACUUUCAAUUGGAGUACGGUUGUCUAUUUCGGAGUGAUGAUCCUAAGCAUGUUGUACUAUGGGCUGCGAGCACGCCACACGUAUACUGGCCCUAAGAUGGAAAUUGUCGAUGUGGUGAGGCGGGAUGUGUAG